UUGACAGUUUUGAGUGUUUAUUUGUUGUUCAUUUUUGAAUACUCUUCCUUGUGAACCUGAGUUUGAUAUUUAAUAACACAUUUAUAUCGUAAAUCUACGUACUAUAUAAGGUACACAUUCAAUUCCCUUAUACGUCGCCUCAUAAUGGCUGAUAAAGAAAAAUCAGAAAAACCGAAACCGUCCCAACCUAAACAUAUUCCAAAAGAUGGCCAAGUGGUGCUAGCUAUCAUGAAAGAAAUGGGAAUAACAGAAUAUGAACCUAAAACUAUAGUUCAAUUAACGGAGUUUGUAUAUAGAUAUGCCACAUCGGUUCUCCAAGAGGCGAGAAUGUAUGCCAACAAUUCAAAUAAAAGGACUUUGGAUAUCGAUGAUAUUCGGUUGGCAAUUGAAUUGUCUGCCGAGUCUUCUUUCACUACUCCACCUCCUAGAGAGGUUGUAAUAGAAUGUGCCUCAGCUAAAAACUACACAAUGCUGCCAUCUGUAAAACCCCAUUGUGGCUUAAGGUUACCACCGGACCGUUAUUGUCUAUCAUCAUGCAAUUACACACUAAAAGCUGCACAGAAAAAGAUGGCUACUACUAAAACAACUUUUAAUCCAGCAAAUCCAGCGAUGAAGAUGGCGAACAAAUCAAAUAUUAGUUUUAUUAGGAAGCAGGCACCGAUCGGAAGGCAAAAUGUCACCAUUCCGAAGCCGACGAUGAAAAUCAGCAGCAGUCCAAUGACGACAGUGGUCAAACCGAAAAUUCAAAUUACGCAGAACGUUCAAAUUGCCGCCCCAAGUAUUCCCAGUUCCAUGCAAGUAGAUCUGAACAGUUUAAAGAGAAAGAGAGAAGACGAUUCUGAUUUGAUGAAUUGAUUUGAAGUUUUUGUGUCAUUCACUGUUAAAAGAAAAUUUUAAUAAAAAUAUGGCUAGUAUGAUAA